UUUUAUAUUGUUAUUAUUAUCCUGCCUCUGAACUGAUGACCAUGGACCGAAAUAGUGUAUAUCGUGUACCCCAACAAACAUCCAAGAACUACGGGGGCACUAUGGUAUCUCAUAAACAAAUAGUAGCGGAAGAAGAUGCUGCAACAGCAGACACUGAGAUCAUGCAUGUCGUAGCGAAUGAUGCUGGAGUUGUGAAUAUGCGUCCGAAAAGGCAACAAGUCAGUAUUAAUGGUGGCACGCGUCUUGUUGAUUACGAACAAGAAAGAGAACGUCCAAUGUCGUGGGAGGGAGGAAUAUCAGAUGAUGAGAUGGGUCAAGAACAAAUUUCCAACUGCCACAUUCGUGCACCAAACAGCAGUUUGAAUUACUGUAGACAUCUACUACGAUCAGGAAGCCCCAUGUGUCUAGCUGAUGAGGAUUACCAUCCAACGACCGUAUGCAAGGCACCAUGUAUGGAGUCAGAUACUGUGAAAAUAAAUAACAGUAAUAUGAAUAUCUCAGUUGUGAGUCCUAAUGCAAAGCCUCAUUACUCACUUCCAAAUUCAAAUCCUCAUGUAGUUGAGAGAAAAACGCUUCAUAACUAUGGAUCUGUACCAUCUGUAUUCAGUAAAGAACAACCUCUUAUAGGACAUCCUGGUUUAUAUGGAAGAAACCCACUUCCAGCUCACAGUCACUAUUCUCCCAUUCAAACUCAACAUGUGAUUGAUUAUGUAUCUGGGCCUUACAGCCAAAGUCCUAGUCCAGUUUUUCUAGGUCCAACUAGUACCCGUAGCUCCAGGUCAUCUCAGUCUUCUGGACAGAGUCCUUUGUUAAACAGACAUGUCAGUGGUCUUUCACUGUCUAGCUAUCCAAAUACUCAUAGUCCAGUGCUUGGUCAACAGUCAGUUGAAGAUGUUGCCAAUAGCUCUAUGCAAUCACAGAAGCAUAGUCCACAGCAGGGCAGCCAGAAGAAUUUAGAAACAUCUUUUUACUCACCAAAGCAAAGCCCCAGUCAGAUGAGACACCAUUACCCAGAUGGUAGAGCAAGUUUUUCAGCAAGUCCCAACUCCACUCAAUCUAAGGGAACUAUGCUCUCUAGACCAAUUCCAUUUGGUGCUUCUCCAUCUCCUACAUUUCAUCAUUACAGUCAGCAAGGGACUUCUGAGUUCCAACUUAACUCGAAGUAUGACAGUCAUGCCACAUAUGGCAAUAUGUACUGUGAACAGGCUCCUCAUAUUUCUCCAGUUCCUCAUCAUCCUGGUUUGGAGAUCAGAUCAACAGCAUCUAGUGCAUCAGAUGAAUCCAAUACGAGUGAUUUUGCUGGAUCAUCUCACCGAUUACCUGUAGACAACAGCAGUGACGAAAGUGGAGUGCCUUUAAUGACAGAUAUAUCCCAAGGUUCUCUGGGGUAUUCAGGAGCAUCAGGAGGUAUAUCACGCCAGCAGCUUCUCAGUGGGCCAUGUCCCAUAUGUGGAGAUCGUAUAUCUGGAUUUCACUAUGGUAUCUUUUCUUGUGAAAGCUGCAAAGGUUUUUUCAAGAGGACAGUGCAGAACAAGAAAAAUUAUGUGUGCCUCCGAGGAGCCAAUUGUCACGUAGCAAUCAACACCAGAAAGAAAUGUCCAGCUUGUCGAUUUAACAAGUGUUUGAAGAUGGGGAUGAAACUGGAAGCUAUUCGUGAAGACCGAACCAGAGGUGGUCGAAGUACCUAUCAGUGUUCAUAUGCCUUACCAAAUCAGCCUUUAAAUGACUCCUGGGUUCCAAUGGGACCUGAACGUCUACACAAUUCAGAACCACUGUUGGAUGGUUCAGAAAAAAUGUAUCAAAAUUGUGGAAAAGAUGGCCACAACAGCUCUCCAUUCAUUCCACAGCUUAUACAUGAGAUCAUGUCAGUGGAGCAUCUCUGGCACUAUUCAGAAAAUGAAAUGACUAAAAUCCCAGAUCAGUUGGAAGAGAAGUCCACAGAUGGUGACUGUGACCUCUUGACAACACUCUGUAAGAUAGCUGAUAACAGGCUUUAUAAAAUUGUGAAAUGGUGUAAAAGUCUCCCUCUUUUCAAAGAAAUCCAAAGAGAUGAUCAGAUUGCUCUUCUCAUCAAUUCCUGGUGUGAAAUGCUGUUGUUGAGUUGCUGCUACCGGUCCAUGUCUACUCCUAACCAAGUCUGUAUCUCAAGAGAUAAGCCUGUCAAUUUACAACAGGCUCAGCAAUCAGGCCUUGGUCCUGUGAUAGAACGCAUGCUGAAUUUGAUAGAACACUUGCGAAGGCUUCAGCUGGACCAGCAUGAAUUCGUUUGUUUGAAGGUUAUUAUCUUAUUAACCUCAGAUGUUAGUGGCUUGAAGGAACCAGAUAAGGUGCGGACCUGUCAGAAACAAGUACUAGAAGCUCUUCAAGCCUACACCCGAAGUAACUAUCCUAAUUUACCUAGUAAAUUUGGAGAGUUACUAUUACGAAUCCCAGAAUUGGAGCGAGCCUGCCAGUUUGGCAAAGAAUCAUUGGACAGCAAACAACGUGGUGGUGAUGUCCCUAGCUUCCACUUGCUUAUGGAACUUCUGCGUGGUGAUCACUAACUUUAUGGCAAAAUGAUUAGUGUUAUUAGCUUAGCAGCUUGAUGCUGGUGCUGCCAUCUUUUUUUUAUGAAAGAAAGUUUAUUAUUAGAAACU